GUUUGUCCAUCUCUCUCUCUUUUUCUUUCGUGGCCACUGUGAAUUCCAUUUCCAUUUUCUGUUUCAAUUUUAAUUGAAUAGUUUUAUACGUAUAAGGCUCCACAACAAGACAGCCAUGACCGGCAGAGAAAUUCUCAAUAAGAUGAAGGAGAAAGUUUUAGGUCCAUCAGACCCCGACUCUGGAAAAGGAAAGAGCAAAAUGUCACACCAUAUAACACAUGGCUUCCACUUGGUAAAGGGAAAAUCCCAUCAUGCUAUGGAAGACUAUGUUGUUGCACAGUUUAAGCAAAUCGAUGACCAUGAGCUAGGACUAUUUGCAAUUUUUGAUGGCCAUUUGAGCCAUGAAAUUCCUGAAUACUUGCAGUCCAAUCUCUUUAACAAUAUCUUAACAGAGGUAAUGUAUGCGGUAGUAUCAUGAUAUAUAUUUUUACGUUCUUUCAUUUUGUAGUUUGCUAG